CUCCCUUUUGUUUCCCUCAUCCGCCGGAUUGGUUGACACUUCAUCGACGUCCGAAGGGAAAACACGCAGCCCGAGAGCGGCACAUUUCCUUUUCUGGCCUUUAUUCAACAUCCAACUUAUCCAAUCUUUGCACCAUAUCAAGCUAACUAUCCUUCCCUUCUCCCGUCAUUCGCUUUUGCUAACUACCCCCUUUUCUUUUUUGUCCGUCUCUCAAUAUUCAGUUCCACAACAAAUUUCUAGACUUGAAGAUUUCUAGACGUCAUCACCAUCGUCAUGGCAUCCAGGAUACCCGCUGCCUGGCGUAUCCGUGCGGCCAAGUCCACCAACACCGGCGGCCUCAACUUCAACCAUGUCAACAAGUCCACCCUCGCGCUGGCGCGCUGGACUCCUACAUCGUCAUCAGCAUUGGCAUCAUCACGAUCCACCACCACAACAUCCACACCCGCAAUUGCUGCAUGGCCCCCGAGAUUGCGGCUGGGAUCUUCAGGCACAGUUCCUCCGGCGAGAAGCUUAUUCCAACGUCAGCAGCACCAGCAGCGCAGAUCUUUCGGUGGGUUCAACUUUCUCAUUAUCCUUAUGUGUUAUCCACCACCCCCCGGUCUCUGUUGCAUUUCAUGGACGGUCAAGCAUUGUUCAAGCAUUGAGGUGGCAUCCCCACUUCGGUCCCCCCCCUUUAACACAUGUUGUUGGUUGAUUUUGCUACACGAAAGAAAAAAAAGAAACAAAAAAUGUUGAAAGAGGAAAAAGAUUCGAGCUUGGCUUGUGCUGGUUGUUGGGCGCUGUGGCUCACUACCACGUUGUAUACAUCAGCCUCGAACCCGGAAUGGUCAUGACUGGGCUUGGCAAGGGGGAUGGAUUCGG